CGUCGCACCAUCUGUGACGUCACCGGAAGCCAGCCACUCUGCUAUAAAUUCAUUUCCGUGUCCUUCCGGGGUCCUUUCCUGUCUACGGCCUAUUGGAAGAUGGCGGUGCAAAUCUCCAAGAAGAGGAAGUUCGUCGCAGACGGUAUCUUCAAGGCCGAGCUGAACGAGUUCCUGACUCGUGAGCUUGCUGAGGAUGGUUAUUCCGGCGUGGAGGUGCGCGUGACUCCCACCAGGACCGAGAUCAUCAUCCUGGCCACAAGGACCCAGAAUGUGCUGGGAGAGAAGGGCCGCCGGAUCAGAGAGCUGACCGCUGUGGUCCAGAAGAGGUUCGGCUUCCCUGAGGGCAGCGUGGAGCUGUAUGCUGAGAAGGUGGCCACCCGUGGGCUGUGUGCCAUCGCCCAGGCCGAGUCUCUGCGCUACAAGCUGCUGGGAGGCCUGGCUGUCCGCAGCGGUAAGAUCGGCCCCAAGAAGCCCCUCCCAGACCACGUCAGCAUCGUGGAGCCCAAAGAGGAGAACCUGCCCACCACGCCCAUCUCCGAGCAGAAGGGGGCCAAGCCAGAGGUGCCCGUCAUGCCCCAGGGGGCCCCCAGCGGCGCCAAGGGCUGCGAGGUCGUGGUGUCCGGAAAGCUGAGGGGUCAAAGGGCAAAGUCCAUGAAGUUCGUGGACGGCCUGAUGAUCCACAGCGGGGACCCCGUCAACUACUACGUCGACACCGCCGUGCGCCACGUCCUGCUGAGGCAGGGUCCACGUUCUGUGGUUCUGCCCCAGUUCCUCAGAGCCCGGAGGCCUUUCCUCUGA